GCGGGCAGUCGUCGAGUAUUUGAAAAUACAUUUGGAUGUUUUAUAAUUUUUGGUUUCGACCGGCUGGUUUUUACUGUCGGACAGGUCGUCGUAUGGAUUACGGUAAUGGACCCGAGUAAGGGAUUACACGUUAUUAUCGAUAGACGCGAUUGGACGCUGUCUGUGCAUUGCAGCUGUUCCCGGCGUGUUCUGCGAGGAAACGUAAUGGAAAGCGCGUCGGAUACGACGGCGCCACGCAGUGCGGUAAUAAUGAUGAUAACAAUAAUAAUAUUAAAACUGAUAGUGUUGAGUUAAUGCGCAGGAGAGAGUACUUUCACUGUGCGGUCCGGAGCAGCGAAAAAAUAAUGGUGGCCGGCGAACGCAUGUGUAAUAUUGCGUAAUAGGAGCAUUUUUGUUUUUUCUAUCCACUUGGAGCGCGAGGAUGCGUAAGCUCGACCAACGCCUCUAAAAGGCCUAAGAAGGAGUGAUAAGAGGAGGACGAUGCGGGGGAUACGUUGGCCCUGAACUUAUCCCCACUCGGCGGCGGCUGCGCCGCUCGCGUUGUGUAUUGAUAUCGGAGGCCAAUGCCGCCACCGCCGCCGCCCGUCACCUCACUCUUCUUGUACUAGUGGCCGCCCGUCGGACGUCGCACUCUCUCUUACCUGCUGCUCGGCCAGUUCAAGUUCACCGUUCCGUCAGUGUCAUCUCGCUACACGCGUUCAAGUCUCUCCUGAAUCUCUGGCGUGUCGUCAUUGUCCGGCGGCGUUUUCGGUGAUUUUUAUUUUCGCUUGUGUAUUACGGACCAUUUAUUUUGAGCUCAUCAAGUGUUGGCCGUUCAUUGAGUGUGUUUUCGCGUCAUUUGUAUUGUUGAAUUGUACUCGGAUCAGUGUCGUCUUUGGUACUUACUCGUUUUCGUUUUAAUAAGCAAAGCAGUUAAUAUCGCUCGACGAAACUUGGUUGGUCUGUUGUCCACAUGUGAUCCGAGCGAGACGAAAAUGUUGAGGUUGGCGUCCCAGAACGACGGGGCCAUGACGUCUUCGUCGGAGGUCACGUCGUCUUCGGCCGCCGCGGGGUUCUCCGCGACCAGCAUGUUCAUUAAUGCGUUUUUCAACACCAAUAGUAGCCCCAUGACGAGGGAAAGUUUCGAGUUCCUGCAGGAGCUGGACGACAGCUUCGGCGAACAACCUUAUCACCAUCACCACCAUUACAGUCACGGUGGCCAACCGCCGCAUCAGCAACAUCAAAUGCCGCACGACACGUCCAUCGUCAAUCGAUUCAUGGCGCACGCUUCUGUGCCCAUGACAACAGUCAAAGAGGAGCUGUCACCACCCAACAGUCUGUCCGGAGGAAGCAGUCAUUCCGAGGGACUGAAAAAGAAGAAAAUCAGCAAUGCCCCCAUAACCGGUAGCGGAAACGUGGCCGGGGGCGGUGGUAUGAAUUCCGCAGUCGCCGGCGGCGUGCUCAACAACCGGCCGCCCGAAGAAUUGUGUCUGGUGUGCGGCGACAGAUCGUCCGGUUACCACUACAACGCGCUCACUUGCGAGGGAUGCAAAGGCUUCUUCCGGAGGAGCAUCACCAAGAACGCCGUGUACCAGUGCAAGUACGGCAACAACUGCGAGAUAGACAUGUACAUGAGGCGGAAGUGCCAAGAGUGUAGGCUGAAAAAAUGCCUGACCGUCGGCAUGAGGCCGGAAUGCGUUGUACCAGAAGUUCAAUGUGCGGUUAAGAGAAAGGAGAAAAAAGCUCAAAGAGAAAAAGACAAACCCAAUUCUACUACCACAGAAGUUUCUCCUGAAUGUAUCAAAAUUGAACCUACAGAGAUGAAGAUUGAAUGUGGUGAGCCCAUGGUGAUUGGCGGCACACCUUUAACUCCCGUUCCCUAUCCCGAAGUGAAACCACUGAGUUCCGAACAAAAAGAACUUAUUCAUCGACUGGUCUAUUUCCAGGACCAAUACGAGGCACCUAGUGAAAAGGAUCUGAAACGAUUAUCAAUUAAUUAUCCUGAGGAAUUGGACAAGGAGAAACAAAGCGAUUCGACAUAUAGGAUCAUAACUGAAAUGACUAUUCUCACAGUACAACUAAUAGUUGAAUUUGCAAAAAGGUUACCAGGCUUUGACAAACUUGUCAGAGAAGAUCAAAUUACCUUACUCAAGGCUUGCUCAAGUGAAGCAAUGAUGUUCAGAGUUGCCAGAAAGUACGAUAUUACCACUGACUCAAUCGUGUUUGCUAAUAAUCAACCAUUCUCAGCGGAUGCUUACUCAAAAGCCGGACUUGGUGAUGCUGUUGAAAAUCAACUAUCAUUCAGUCGUUUUAUGUACAAGAUGAAAGUUGACAAUGCUGAGUAUGCUCUUUUGACAGCUAUAGUAAUAUUUUCAAAUAGACCAAAUCUUUUGGAUGGUUGGAAGGUAGAAAAAAUUCAAGAGAUUUAUCUGGAAUCUCUAAAAGCUUACGUUGACAACAGAGAUCGUGAGACAGCGACUGUGCGUUAUGCGCGCUUAUUGUCUGUCUUAACUGAAUUACGUACGUUGGGCAAUGAAAACUCUGAACUAUGUAUGACCCUGAAAUUAAAAAACAGAGUUGUACCACCAUUCUUGGCCGAAAUAUGGGAUGUCAUGCCAUAGUGAUAAAUUCCAGCUUGUACAGCAGUUACCUUGUACCCAGGCAAUCAAUUACUUGUAUUGCCUGGUAAUUAUUUUGAAGACUGUGAACACUCUCGGCUUACUACUACAGAUAAAAAGUAGACUAAAAGAAUACAAAAUAAUUAAAAUUAACUAUUUGUAUUAUUUUUUAAAGACUAUUGAUAUUAAGUUUUACUGACCUAGUAAGAUAAUGGACAAAACAAAUGAUUAAUCGUCAUACGCAUGUCAGAUAUUAUAAUUUGUAUGUUAGUCUUAAACUUAAAUAUAUUUGCUUCAUAGUGUUUGAAUUAAUGAAUUGAUGGGAUAUUAUGAUUGUUAUUAAACCUAAGAAUGAUGGAUUAAUAAAUAGCGUCCCAUUUUUGUUUUUGCUUGGUCGUUCACUCUUCAAGUCUACACUUGAAAAUGUAGUUAUUUAAUAAAAAUAGGGUGCUAUAAAUUUUUUCCAAAUAUUCUUGUGUGGUUCCUGAGACUGUAUUGUUUUGUACCUGUGCGUUGGAUGUUUUUUAUUUAUGAAAAUGUUUAUCAUAAUAAGCAAAUUAAUUUUAUUAUUAACAAAUUUAUAUAUAUUUUUUCUAAGAAAUGUAAGAAACAUCAUUUCUAUUUGCAAAAGCUGUGAUAUUAGUUAUUAUUAUAUAAGUAUAUUAUAAAAUAAAUAUGUGUAUACUAACAGCAUCUUUUAGAUUUAUAUAAAUAUAUUUAUGUGUACAUGUAAUAAACGUUUUUAUUUUAAACGUAUCAAUUAUAGGUUCAGGGCUUUAGGUAAAAUGGCACGUGUCUUUUUUUUUUUUAUGUACAUAAGUUUAAUAUUAAUUUUUUUAUUACUUAAUAUUGUUAUGCUUUCAAACCCUAAAUAAGCAAUUCUGUUGAAAGAAAGUAUUUUUAGCAAGUGUUUUUAAUUUAAAGCAAUUAUACCUUAUUAUUAUUUAGAUGAAAUUUCCUUUAAAAAAUUUUAUUAUGUUAAAAACAAAACUAAAAUUUCAGAUAGACAAAUAUACCAAUUAUUGUAAUUUGUGUGUGUUUAUUUGUGUAUUGAGAUGAAGACUGUAAACAUCAACGUUUAAAUAUUUAUAUUAUUAUUACUUUAUUACCUUUUUUGUUUUUUUUUUUUUAUUAGACCAAUUGUCUUCUGAUUACUUUUCUGUCAUUAUUUGGAAUCAAUAAGUAGUACAUUCAUUAAAUUUAUAUAAGUGUCUAUCUGUUUUAAUAAAAUAAAACUAUUUUAAAAUAAAUCAAAAUAAAAAAACACACUAAAUAAAAAUACAACCAAAAAUCAAAGAUGUACUUUUUUUAAACAAAACACUACAUUAAAUAAAUAUUAUCGAUUACCAUUUAAAUUUUUCGCAGAUAAUAAAAAACAGUAAAGAAAAUAUGAAAGUGUUAUAAAUUUUCUUUAGGGACUUGUACGAAAUUAAUUUAAUAUUAUUUAUUAUUUUAUUUCCUUUGUUUUAUAGACAUCUAUUUUAAGUAAUUUUGUUAAAAUAAUUUAUAUUAGGUGAUUUUAUGUAAAAAUCCCGAAUUAAUAUUAUUGGAGAGAUAUUAAAAUAAGAAAUGAUGUUUUUUACAUUAGAUCUACUGCAGUUAUGUGCUUCAAUAUAUCCAAAGGAUAGGAUUUCACUCAUAAACACAAAAAUGCCGCCCACUUAUCAGUUUUAACUCAACUAUUAUUAAACUAUUAUGUACAUUUAUAAAUAUGCAUGUGCAAAUGUUAAUUUUUAAGAUAUUUGAGUAUAAAAUUGUACUAUAAAUAAUUUUGUCAAGAGUUUUAAAUUUACCAUUAAACAUGAUCUUGUUCUUUUUUAGAUUUAAGAAUAAUAUAAUGUCUUAAAAUAUUGUUUUGACCAUAGAAAAUAUAAGUAUCCAAUGUUAUUAAUAGA